AUAUGCGAGCUUAAAUAUAGCAUAUUGAACACGUCGUCGAGCCAAGCAGAAGAAGCAAGUGGAUGGAGUUCCUGAAGAGCGGCAUCAAAACGGUGCUGGGCAGCACCGAGCCGGGCCAACAGCCCAGCGCAGCCGAAACCGUUGAGAAACUGGUAGAUCGAGUUUAUUCGUCGACACUGCUCGAAGAUCGUCGCGAUGCUUGCCGGGCAUUGAAGGCGCUCUCGCGCAAAUAUCGUAUUGAGGUUGGUGCACAGGGUAUGCCGCCGCUGGUGCAGGUGCUGCAGAAUGAUGGCCAGGAUGCUGAGAUAAUUAGCUAUGCCUUAGACACACUAUGUAAUAUUGUCACCAGCGAGGAAUUCGAUGAGGAGGCCGACAAUCCAGCGGUAUCUGUCAAUGUGGGCGAACAGUUCACCGAAAUGUUCAUAAAGAGUCCCGAACAUGUCACCCUCGUCAUGGGCUAUCUCGAUGAGUAUGAUUUUCGUGUGAGACGUGCAGCAAUUCAAUUGAUAACGUCUCUGAUUGCGAACAAGACGCGAGAAUUGCAAGAUCUGGUGCUUGUCAGCCCCAUGGGCGUGUCCAAGCUAAUGGAUCUGCUGACUGACAGUCGUGAGGUGAUUCGCAACGAUGUGCUGCUCCUCUUGAUUGAGCUGACAAAAGGCAAUUCCAACAUACAGAAAAUUGUGGCAUUUGAGAAUGCAUUCGAUCGCCUGUUCGAUAUUGUGCGGGAGGAGGGCUGUUCGGAUGGUGGCAUUGUGGUCGAGGAUUGUCUCAUUCUGUUACUGAAUCUGCUCAAAAAUAAUUCGAGCAAUCAGCAGUUCUUCAAGGAGGGCUCCUACAUACAGCGAUUGGCGCCCAUGUUUAUACUCAACAGCGAACUGGAGGACAGCGGCUGGACACCGCAGAAGGUGUCGAAUUUCCAUUGUAUGCUGCAGGUGGUUCGCGCCCUCGUAACGCCCAGCAACCAGCAGCAGGUAGUCAACGCCUGCCAGCGUGUCAUGCAGAAAUCCCAAUUGCUCCAAGCGCUCUGCGACAUACUGAUGAGCAGCGGUGUUCCAGCCGACAUACUGACUGAAACGAUCAAUGCAGUUGCUGAGGUGGUGCGUGGCGAUCACGAUAAUCAAGAUGAACUGAGCCGCGUCCUGGCGCCUAGUCAGCCACCACGUCCCGCCAUUGUCGUCCUUCUCAUGUCCAUGAUCAAUGAGAAACAAUUGUUGGCGCUGCGUUGUGCCGUGCUCUAUUGCUUUGAGUGUUUCCUGUAUCGCAACUCCGAUGGUCAGCGCGCUGUCGUCCAAACUCUGCUGCCGUCGAGUACAACGGAUGUAAGCUCCUUAUCCACUGGCCAGCUGCUCUGCACCGGGCUCUUCUCAACGGACACACUGGCCAAUUGGUUCUCAGCGGUGGCCAUUAUGCAUACGCUUGUCGAGAAUGUUGCCCAGAAGGAAGAGCUGUUGCGUGUACUGCUUGCCACACCAGGUGGACAGCGACCCAUUACACUGCUCGAACAGUGUACGAAUCUGAUGCAACAGGAACGCUAUCGCAUCCAGAGCAAAGUGGGUCUCCUAAUGCUACUCAGUGUCUGGUUGGCCCAUUGUCCCAGUGCUGUGAAAGCACUGCUGGAUACGCAAGGCACCAUGGCCUAUCUGACGGCCCAGCUGUGCGCCAAUGAGCAUGAUGAGCGCGAAUAUCUUGUCCAGGGAAUGUGCGCCUUCCUCAUGGGUCUCUGCAUACAGUUCAAUGACAAUUCGCUGGCCAAUCAGCGACGCGAGGACAUCAGCCAGCUGAUUAUCAAGCGCAUUGGCCAGGAGACAUUCUGCAACAAACUGGGCGAAGUGUCACGUCACGAGGCGUACAGUCGGGCCUGCAAGCAGCCCCAGAUCCGUGCCAAGGGCGCCAGUGAGCUGCUGCUCGACUAUGAGUACUGUAAACUCUACAAGGGAUUGGAGGCACUGAUUGCCAAACUGGUGUCGGGCUUUGAUGUUGAUGGCAUUGAGUUGACCGAACUGACGCUCAGCUCGGAGGCAUCGGCGCUUGUUGCUCAGUACAAGGGCAUCAUACGUGGCAUGGAUGGGCAAAUACAAUCUCUACAGCUGUCCAACAAAGAGCUGGAGGAUCAGAAUGACGAAUUGAAGCAGCAGAUCAGUCAGGAACAGUCGCUUAAAUCGCAGCUGGCCGAUCAGAAUACUCUGCUCAAAGCACAGCUGACAGCAGCAGCAACAGCGGCACAAACUGCUGGCCAAGAACAGCAGCAGGCGGCGCAGCCACAGGAGGAACUGAAUGCGGCACGGUAUCAGGCCAACAUGUAUUUCGCGGAGAACAUACGCCUCACCAAGGAGCUGGAGACACUGCGGCAGCAGCUGGCCGCCGAGAAGCAACGCGCCGAUGCAGCCAGCCAAUUGCAGUUGACCACACAAAAGGAUCAGGAGGAUCUGCUCGAGCUGCUGGCGGAUCAGGAGGCCAAACUGGCAGAGUACGAGACGCAAGCGCUGCCAGCCAACAGCGAAGCAACAUCAGCCCAGAGAUAACUUCCAUAAAGAAUUAUGUGGGAUCACAGAUCUAAAUCACAGAUCGAUUUCCAUUCGAUAACCACGCACACACAUCCUCCCUCUCCCUCUCUCUCUCUCUCUCUUUCUCCGUGUGUGUGUGUGUGUGUGUGUAUGCUGUGGAAAGCUCGUCUAAGCGCCAACUGCCCGCGAUUAAACAUUCUUAUUGUUUUUUACAUAUAUAUUUACAUAGAUAUACUAUUAUAUACUAUAUAUAAAUAUGUAAUUCAAUUGCUCUUAAGCCCUAAAUAAAUGUGUAUAGC